ACAACCGUUGCAUCUGGAGGACAGUCACUGAGACGCUGAAUGACAGCGAUGGCUCGUCUCACAACUCUUCUCGUUGCCAUGUGGCUUGGUGUGACAGUGAGCACAGUGGUUGAUCUGGAGAAGAGAAUCAUCGGAGGUAAAGAGUGUGGACCAAAUGAGCGUCUGUACCAUGUCCAGCUGAUAUCCACUGAUGGACAAGACCAGUACCUUUGUGGCGGCUCUCUGAUCAGUAACCGGUGGAUUCUGACUGCAGCUCACUGCUAUAAGCCAGGACGGACGUUCACUGCACAUAUAGGCGUGCAUGCUGGUCCUCCUAAAAGAGUACGAAUCACAGAUCCACCUGUGAUCUUCAACGACGGCAAGCAACACGACCUCAUGUUACUGAAGCUGCCUAAAGCAGUUGUAGGUGUCAAACCUGUACGAGCUCCCGACUGUCAACAUCCUCCCAAGAGAGGUGCUGUGGUUCAGAUUGCAGGUCACGCUUCCACCGAGGUUGGACCAAAUAAUGAAAGAAAACCUGGUUCUUCAGACACUCUGCAAUGUGCUGAUGUCGACAUCAUUGACUGUGAGACUUUCAUGAGCGGUCUGCGUCGGAAACGUCCAGAAUUCUACGCAACCUAUAAACAUGAGCACGUGAUCUGUACCCAUACACCUCCAGUGGAUGCCACUCACGGUGACUCUGGUGGAGGAGUGGUGUACCAGGACAAAAUUUAUGGUGUCAUUGUACGUGGUCAUGCUACAGAGGUCGCUCGUUGGCCACUUAUGACUAUGGACCUCUGUUAUGGGCCAUACGAUCAGUGGAUCAGAAACACCAUCGCCCAACCAUGAGAAAAUGCAGCUUUUGGUUAAUGGUGAAAUGUUCAGUUUUUAACAGACAUUUCACAUCAAACUUUACAGUUGAUGUCAUUGUUCAUUAAAUGUCCAGCUAUAAUUUGUAACGCCCUUUAUUCUUUUUACACAACCUUUAAAGGUUCAGUGUGUAAGAUUUAGGUGAAAGCACCUAUCCGCAGAAAUUUAAUAUAAAAUAAUCCGAGUCAUGUUUUCUUUGGUAUGUUUCAUCUAAAUUGUAUGAGUUGUUGUUUUCCUCACUCUAGAAUGGGCCCUUUGAAUUUAAAUACUUUAUAGUUACUUCAGGAGCGAGUCCUUUCUACGGAGGCCACCAUGUUUUUUACAGUAGCCCAGACUGGACAAACUAAACCUUUUGAGUUUUUAUGACAUCUGAAGCUACCACAGGUCCUCUAACGUGUUUGAAAGGGGAGGAUGAUGUGAGGGCA